AAAUAGUCCGAGUCAGAAGUUGCUACAUUUCUCACAACUUUGUAUCAUUAUGAAUUGGGACAAUGGCUCAUAAUCAGAGCUAUACGACUAUUAUCUCAGACGGGAUCGAAGCUUUGCAAUUGGUCUUUCGUUUGACAUGGCAACGAAAUCUCACUUCAUGGCUUUAUGUGCCUGUUGGUCUUCUUAUCAUUCUUCUAGCUUGUUUUGGGGUUGAUUCUUUGAUUGGAUUGAGUUCUGUCUCAUUUCCAGCAUCUGUGGCUUGCUUGAUUCUGUUGUUUUUGGGCUUGAUCGUCAUCGAUUUGAUCAUUGGUGAUCGAAAGACAAGAGCUCUUGUCAAUGUUAUCGAUGUGCCAGCCGGAUUUGCUCUUCGAUAUCUAAAUAUAUUUUUUACACCUUCUUUCGUUCUCCUUCCUCUUAGUUCUCCAAUCAGUGGAGUCGAAGUUGGAAAGAUUAUUGCCGUAUUCAUUGUUGGCUUCGUCGUCGUCAUGGCAGCAACAGCCUACUUCGCUCGAGGACUCCAGCUCCUCCUUGGCUCCUCGAAACGAGCAAUGACAGAGAGAGCUGAAGAACUCGGCCACGAAUCCGAUGCGAUUCCCUUGACGGAUACCAACCCGAGACAAAACUCUGAAGCAAACUUUACUCCAACGACCGGAACAAGCACGCCACAAGAAAGUGACGAACCCAUGAGCACUUUAGCCGCACCUCGACGAACACAAGAUCCAUCUCUCAUCAGAGGCACAGGAGGACCACCUGAGAAUGAUGCUUCCUCCCAAGCGGUAACGAGAGUAAACCAAGUACUCCAGCAACCGCUACCACUCACGAGACCCCAAAGAUGGGCUGCGGUCAUCAACUUGAAUUUUGACCGACUGACCUACCUUGUUCUGUUCCUGCUCGUUGGCCUGCCAAUCUACUACAGCACAGGUUACGCCAUGCCAGCACAACUAACUUUCAACAUCCUGGCUUACUUCGCCGCACUUGCUCUUCCUCCUCGUUGGCGACGCUUUCUACAUCCUGUUCUUGUCUCUUCGGCCAUCACGGUUCUUGGUGUUUAUAUCCUUGGUGCCAUCCGAGGAGACAGUCUUGACACUUCCCUUGACGCAUAUAGAACACAAACAACCUACCUUUCCCUCUGGGAGAACAAGCCUAAUCUCCCUUUACCAGGAGCUGGCGACGUCCUCGUGUCCAUUCUCGACGCUGGUAUUGUCGCCCUGGCUCUGCCCAUGUUUGCUUACCGACAAGAACUCAAACGCCACUUCUUCGCAAUCGUUCUCCCGAACAUUGCAGUUUCGAUUGGUUCGCUCUUCGGCUAUCCUGCUGUGUGUUACGCAAUUGGGAUCUCGGCUACGAGGAGUCUCGCAUUCGCAGGCAGGAGUCUGACGUUGGCAUUAGCCCUUCCGGCAGUAAAGAAUCUUGGUGGUGAUGCCAAUACGGUUGCCGCGGUGGCGAUAAUGAGUGGGAUUGUUGGGGCGCUGGUUGGGCCGCAGAUUUUGGAUUGGUUGAGAAUUCCUGAAGAUGAUUAUGUGACGAGAGGUGUGACGCUUGGUGGAAGCUCUUCUGCUAUAGCCACAGCUGUUUUGCUACAAUCGGAUCCUAGAGCUGCGGCACUUUCGAGCCUGAGUAUGAGUCUAUUCGGUAUCAUAACUUUGGCGCUGACUUCGGUUCCUGUGAUUGUUAAAGCUAUCGACUCACUUGUGGGUAUGUAAAAACUAUAUGUAUAGAGAUAUAAUAUAGGUAGAAACCCGAGUGAAUGUCCAUAAUAUUGAUAAAUGUAAGCG